AUGAUAUCUGCAUUCUCAUUGAGAAUACCAAAACCGUUACUUGUAUUAAUUAUACCUUUGAAUUUAGUGUUAAUAUUUGGAAUAAUUGUUUAUGUUGCUGAAAUACCUACAGAUGAAUAUGUAGAUAGGGAUAUGAUUAGUCUGGGGUUUCGACAACUUACACAGAAGUUUGAUUUUGGGUAUUUAAAUCAGAAUGUUUCAGACGUUGAUUUGCAAAAUGUUGAUACUUAUAGCACAUAUGGCUUUAAAAUAAAACCCAAUAAUGUCAAGUUCAAGUUUGUGAACCCCAAGAAGAAGAUUGGUACUCCGGAGGAUAUCCUAAAGAAGAAUAAGGAAACAUUUGAAGAGGUGAUGGCACAAGAAAUCCAUGAGCCAAAAGAUGCAGACCUUCAGAGCAUGAGGCCACCAUCAAAAAAAGACAUCGAUAAAUACAAGCAUGCAAAUGCUACAAUAAUUGCAUUGGUACGUAAUAACGAGGCCCUGGCUAUAACUAAAACUAUCCGAAGAUUUGAAACGAGAUUUAAUUCCAAGUUCAGAUACCCAUAUACAUUCAUUAACGACGAGCCAUUUACCGAGAGGUUUAUGCAACGAAUGCAGAAAUUAAGUGACGCCCCUAUGGAAUUCGUUACAAUUCCAAGUGAAUUAUGGAAGAAGCCAUCUGACAUUGAUACUGAACGCGAGGAGAAGGCUAUGCAGCUCUUGUCCGAUCAACGGAUUUCGUAUGCAAAAAAGGGAUCUUAUCAUAAUAUGUGUAGGUUUUACCUGGGUAAUUUCUACAAUGUUCCAGAAUUGAAAAAAUACCAAUAUUAUUGGCGUAUUGAACCAAAUGUCUUUUUCUACAAUGAUUUGGAAUACGAUGUCUUUAAGUAUAUGGAAGUAACCAAGAAAGCUUAUGGUUUUGCAAUUAAUCUCUACGAUAUUUCGGAAACUGUCGUAUCCUUAUGGCCGGAGACUUUAAAAUUCUUGAAUAAGGGCGAUAACUAUAAAUAUGUAAACCCGAAUGGAGCAUUUCAGUGGCUUUUAGAGAACCAACAAAAUCCCAAGAAUAAUAAAAAGGCAAACGGAUAUUCUACUUGUCAUUUCUGGUCAAAUUUCGAAAUUGGUGACAUGGAUUUCUACCGUGGUGAAGCGUAUAAUGAGUGGUUUAAAUAUUUGGAUUCUACUGGGAACUUCUAUUAUGAACGUUGGGGAGAUGCACCUGUACAUUCUAUGGGGUUAGCAUUAUUUGCCGACACCAAGGAUAUCCACUGGUUUAGAGAUAUAGGAUAUUACCACGACCCAUACGUUAAUUGUCCUAAUUCUCCUGACACAAUUGGUUGCGAAGCUGGCCAAUUUAGUAGAUGGGACCAUUUGGCAGAUCAAAACUGUAUGGCUAGCUGGAUUGAUUACAGUAUGGAAGACCCAAGUGCAAUUUAUUAA